CGGAGCCUCCCCGGGGCCUGACCGGAGCCUCCCCGGCAGAGAAGCGGGGCCUGCUCGGGGCCUUUUGCGGCCUUACCGGGGCCUCCCCGCGGCCUUACCGAGGCCUCCCCGCGGCCUUUCGGGGCUCGGCGGGGCCGUUUGGGGCCUGCCCGGGGCUCGGCGGCGCCGUUUGAGGCCUGGCCGAGGCUUGAGCGGGGCUUUUUGGGGUCGAGCCGGGCCCUUCCCGAGGCCUCCGGGGCCGAACCGGGGCUCUAAAGGCCUUUAACGGGAAGAACCCCCCGGUGCUCCCGGUUUUGGUUCUUUCUCUCCGGAAUUUGGGGCCGAUUUCAGCCGAAAUCGCUGUAAAAUCGGAGCUUUUUCGUUUUGUAUUUGUCUUAUUUAACAGCAGCGCUUUUCCCGUUUUUUUCCCCCCGGGAUUUCGUCUCCUCCCAAGGGUCAGAAAAUCCCGGGAUUUGAGGAGCGGGAUGAAAUUCCAAGGAUUUCUUCACUCGAGCGAGGUUUUUUUGGCUUUUUUACUGCGGUUUUUGCUUUGAGCGAACCCAAAUCCGUGGGAAAUCCGUGAUCCAGGGAAUUCCUCCCUCGGGAAUGCUGUCCCUGGAACCAGGAAUGACUUAAGGGUAACGCCGCACUUGGCUUUUCCUCGAUAAAUUAUUAUUUAGGAAUUUAAGGAAAAAGAAAAAGGUUUCUUUUGGAUAAAAAUCCGGUGUUUUCCGACAAGGACUGCCAGCCAUCCCGGCCUCUGGAAUUGCGGCCGCCGCUGGAACUUUGGGAGCCUCCGCGGGGGAUUUUUGAGGAGUUUUAUUUAAAAAAAAAAAAAAAAAAGAAUUAAAACAAAAAGAAAAAUCCAAGGAGGAGGGAAAAAGGGGAUCGAAGAUUCCUGGGAAACGCUCCCGCUCGGGAUUGCAGGGAUCCGGGCACGGCUGGGAUCGCUCCUGGCUGAGGCUCCCAUGGCGGGCCGCAAGCGCGGCGCGGCGAGCGGCGCCGGCGCGGUGCCGUGGCCGGAGGAGCCGGGCGAGCGCGAGCAGGGCCUGUACUCGCUGCACCGCAUGUUCGACAUCGUGGGCGCGCAGCUGACGCACCGCGACGUGCGCGUGCUCUCCUUCCUCUUCGUGGACGUGCUGGACGAGGCCGAGCGCGGCCGCAUCCGCUCGGGCCGCGACUUCCUGCUGGCGCUGGAGCGGCAGGGCCGCUGCGACGAGAGCAACCUGCGGCAGCUGCUGCAGCUGCUGCGCAUCAUCACCCGCCACGACCUGCUGCCCUACGUCAGCCUCAAGCGGCGGCGCCCCGUGUGCCCGGACCUGGUGGACAAGUACCUGGAGGAGACGUCCAUCCGCUACGUCACGCCCCGCGCGCCCGGGGGGGCCCCGCCCGGCCUCGGCCACCCCCACAAAUCAGUCCCUGCCCCCCACCCGUCCCUGUGCUGCCCCCCGGGGGGGCCCCAGCUGGGCCCGAAGCGCCCGGGCCGGGCCCGGAGCCUCCUCGGGAACCAACGGAAACGCAGGAAGUCAGCGACCCCCGACCCCAAGGAGAAACAGACCUACAUCCGCCUGCGCGUGCGCGCCGAGUACUGCCAGCACGACUCCGCCCUGCACGGCAACGUCUUCUCCAACAAGCAGGACCCGCUGGAGCGCCAAUUCGAGCGCUUCAACCAGGCCAACACCAUCCUGAAAUCCCGGGAUUUGGGCUCCAUCAUCUGCGACAUCAAAUUCUCGGAGCUCACCUACCUCGACGCCUUCUGGCGGGAUUACAUCAACGGCUCCCUCCUGGAGGCCCUCAAGGGCGUCUUCAUCACGGACUCGCUCAAACAGGCCGUGGGCCACGAGGCCAUCAAGCUGCUGGUCAACGUGGACGAGGAGGAUUAUGAGCUGGGCCGCCAGAAACUCCUCAGGAACUUGAUGCUCCACACGGCUCCCUGAGGGAUCCAGCUCCGGUUGUUUGUUUGUUUUUUUUGUUGUUGUUUUCCCGGGUUUUUCCCGGUUUUUUUUUUGUUGUUGUUGGUUUUUUUUUUUUGAUUCUUUUUCCGCGGAGGUUUUGUUGGCGGAGGUGCCCGAGCGGAGCCCGCUGAUGGAUUUGGGGAGGGUUGGAAAUGUGGGAUAUUCCGGGAUUUGGAGCUUUUUGGGGUUCCUGAUGGGUUCUCCUUGUGUUUUCCAUGGGUUUUUCCUCCCAUUCUUGAUUUUGUAUCCAUUAAAAACGGCGAUGAAAAGGCAAAAAUCCCAUUGGUGCAGCCCAGUUGGAAUUGGGGAUUUGAGGUGUGGAAUAUUCCAGAAUUCCUCACUUUUCCUUGUCAAUUCCUCCUCGUGUUUUCCAUGGAUUUUCUCUACUUUCUUUUCUUUUCUAUCCAUUAAAAAUGGUGAUAAAAAGGCAAAAAUCCCAUUGGUGCAGCCCAGUUGGAAUUGGGGAUUUGAGGUGUGGAAUAUUCCAGAAUUCCUCACUUUUCCUUGUCAAUUCCUCCUCGUGUUUUCCAUGG